AUGGGGGUUGGCACUUGUGAUGUUGUGAAAAAGAGGAAGAGUUUGAUUCCAAUACGGAUGGAUCCAUCCCAGAAAUUGGUGGCGACUAUUAAGGCUCAGAAACUGUUCGUCUCUGAGAUUGGGUUAAUCACUCGCAAUAAAGCUCCAUUGAAUGUUUUAGGGAUGAAAAAAGUGAGCUUGGAGAUGAAGAAAGAUAUGGCAUUGGGUUUGCAGUUCAUGUUUGACCAUAUGCACUCAACUUAUAAAGAAUGGAAAGCAAAGCUCCACAGACACUAUAAGCAAUAUGCUUCUAACCCUGAUCUUGCACGAGAAACACCUUCCCCUGAAAAUAUAUUUGGUACCCGAAGGACUCUAGAAGAGUGGCAUUAUUUGGUUGAUACGUUGUACACAAAUGAGCAAUAUCAGAAACGCUGUGAGACCAAUGCUGUGAGAACAGAAAAAAGAAAGAGUUUGAUCAUACAGGCGGGUCACGUCCUUUCCUAA